CAGGAAACGUGAUCUAUUUUCUUUCGUUAAAACUUGACCGAAACGGAACUAGUUCUGUUCCACGUUUGUGGAUUUCAUGGACAACCAUUGGGAAGCAAUUUUUAAUUACACAAAUUGUUUGCCUGACCACCCCUAUUUGCCAAAUGACGCGAGAAGCGUUCACAUACUAGGACGGGAGUAUAAUUGCCUGAAAGAUAGAGAUAUUAUCACCACGCGCCUUCGUUCUCUUUUCUGGAUGACUUACCGUAAAGGUUUCGCACCCAUCGUCAUGCAAAAAGGACCAUCUUCAGACACUGGCUGGGGGUGCAUGCAUCGCUGCGGACAGAUGCUGUUAGUGGAAGCAAUGACGCGAGUUCACCUUGGCGCAGAUUGGCUAUGGACACCCGAGUGUCGAAAUGAAACAUACUCCCAAAUACGUCGCAUGUUCCAAGAUCAGCGAUCUUCUCUCUACUCUAUACAGAAUAUCAGUAAGUGA